UCCCAGAGCAGCUACGGAGCGUCUCCCGGGUCCUCUCUGCGGCCGUGGGGGCUGGCGGCCCCCGCCCCUGCCCGGGGCCCCUCCCCCAACCCCAUGCCUCAGCCCUGACCCCGCGGCCCUCCCCCGCGGGGGGGCAAUUCUCGGUGCCCCCCCCUCCCCGUCCAAGUCAGGCGCCAUGAACGACCAGUACCACCGGGCAGCCAGGGACGGCUACCUCGAGCUCCUCAAGGAGGCCACCCGGAAAGAGCUGAACGCCCCAGAUGAGGAUGGCAUGACCCCCACCCUCUGGGCUGCCUACCAUGGCAACCUGGAGUCCCUGCGGCUCAUCGUGAGCAGAGGGGGUGAUCCAGACAAGUGUGACAUCUGGGGCAACACACCCCUGCAUCUGGCAGCUUCCAAUGGGCACCUGCACUGCCUCUCCUUCCUGGUGUCCUUCGGGGCCAACAUCUGGUGCCUGGACAACGACUACCACACGCCGCUGGACAUGGCCGCCAUGAAGGGCCACAUGGAGUGCGUGCGCUACCUGGACUCCAUCGCGGCCAAGCAGAGCAGCCUCAACCCCAAGCUGGUGGGCAAGCUGAAGGACAAGGCUUUCCGCGAGGCGGAGCGGCGCGUCCGCGAGUGCGCCAAGAUGCAGCGCAAGCACCACGAGCGCAUGGAGCGUCGCUACCGGCGCGAGCUGGCCGAGCGCUCCGACACGCUCAGCUUCUCCAGCCUCACGUCCAGCACCCUGAGCCGCCGGCUGCAGCCCCUGACGCUGGCCAGCCACCUGCCCUACUCGCAGGCCACGCUGCACGGCACCGCCAGGGGCAAGACCAAGAUCCAGCGGAAGCUGGAGCGGCGCAAGCAGGCGGGGGAGGGCACCUUCAAGAUCUCCGAGGAUGGCCGCAAGAGUGUGCGCUCGCUCUCUGGCCUGCAGCUGGGCAGCGACGUGAUGUUCGUGCGCCAGGGCACCUACGCCAACCCCAAGGAGUGGGGCCGCUCCCCGCUCAGGGACAUGUUCCUCUCGGACGAGGAUAGCGUCUCCCGUGCCACGCUGGCGGCCGAGCCUGCCCACUCGGAGGUCAGCACCGACUCAGGCCACGACUCCCUGUUUACGCGCCCCGGCCUGGGCACCAUGGUGUUCCGCAGGAACUACCUGAGCAGCGGCCUGCACGGGCUGGGCCGCGAGGACGCAGCGCUGGAGGAUGGGGGCCCGCUGCGGGGCCGGCUGCAGAGCUCCCCGAGCCUGGACGACGACAGCCUGGGCAGUGCCAACAGCCUGCAGGACCGCAGCUGCGGGGAGGAGCUGCCCUGGGACGAGUUGGACUUGGGCCUGGAUGAGGACCUGGAGCCAGAGACCAGCCCCCUGGAGACCUUCCUGGCCUCCCUGCACAUGGAGGACUUCGCCUCCCUUCUGCGCCAGGAGAAGAUCGACCUGGAGGCGCUGAUGCUCUGCUCCGACCUGGACCUCCGCAGCAUCAGCGUCCCCCUGGGGCCGCGCAAGAAGAUCAUGGGGGCCGUGCGGCGUCGCAGGCAGGCGCUGGAGCGCCCACCCGCCCUGGAGGACACAGAACUAUAACUUGGGGCUCCUCUCCCCAAACCAAAUUGAGUUGCAAGUUGCCACAACCCUCAGUGGGGCCAUCAGGUCCUCACAGUCGCCAGCCCUGCAGACCCCGGCCCCUCCCCAGGAGCAAGGACCUGCCUCGAAAGACUGUCCAUCCCCCAGAGCAGAGGACGUGGCGUGGACACACCCAGAUGGUCAAGCGAGCACCCCAGAACAUUGGUUCUGAGGGGCCUGGGUGCUCUGAGCCACCCCAUCUCAGUGGCCCUAAGGAACACAUGGGUUGGUGGGAGGUCAGCCCCAGAGGAAGGGGCCUCAGGGAUAGGAGUGUGUGUGAAUUGGGGGGGGGCGCUUCUUGUCCUGGGCGACACUGUCUCUUCCACGCCCUCCUCUGAGCCCCCUGCUCAGACUGGAGCCUUCCUUUCCACAUCUCUGUGCAGGGAAGAGUUUGACCUGCCUCCCCUCCCCCUCGCACGUCACAGAGGAGGUUCCAGGCUGGACUCCUCAGCCAAACGCCCUGCCUUUUGUGCCCACCCCUGCCCGAGCGCGGCCAGCCCCCUCCUCGGUCUUCACCUGCACGCCCUGGUGAGGAGUGGAAGGCCAGGAUGGGGUGGGGUGACUGGUGUCCUUCCCAGCCCACUGGGGUGAGCCCAGUCCGACUACCCUCCCGCCCUGUCCUCCUCGGUUCUCCUCCCCAGGUUGUGCAGCCUGGCUUCCCUAGGACUGAGGGCCAGGGCAGGGCCGCACGGUGCUAGGACCGGGGGCUGCUGUGUUGUGGCCCCAGGCCUGGCAGGCACGCCCUGGGCCCAAGACAGGCAGCUGCCAACUGCCUCAGAGUCCCUGGGCUGAGACAGGCGGAGACUGGGUGUCCAGCCUCAUGUGGCCAGGCCCGUGAGAUGGGCUGAGACAGGUGGAGACUGGGUGUCCAGCCUCAUGUGGCCAGGCCCGUGAGAUGUGCUCAGUCAACGCCCCUGCUGGGCCCCAGAUCCUCAUGGCUCUGCGCUGGGGUCAUUAAAUGGGUUUCCCUCCAGAAAUGAAAGCGGCUGAGCGCUGAUGUCUCUGCAGGGACACCAGGUCGGCCCGCCCUCUGUUCAGGCACGUCCCUGCCCCGUUGUGGGGGUGAACCUGGCCUUUGAGGGGCUCCAGACACGUGUUCCCAGGGCUCUCCGGUCAGACUGAGGUCACAGGAGGGGGAGUGUGCCUGGGGACAAGCGGAGCCUGUGGGUGCUCUGUCAGCCGCAGCACCCCAGCUCUGGCUCUUAGCUUGGAGAGCUGCCCUGCUGGGGGCGCAGAUCUCCGCUGUAGCUGCGUCCGCAUGCAGGCCUGAGCUGGGCCUUGGAGAAGGUGGUCUCCAUCCCCACACCGAGCCUUGGCCGCCCACCACUGCCACCCCGAGCCCACCCCACUCUCCCCCCUGUUCUCUGGGCCUAGGCCUGGGGCCACCCCCAAGUGCCGACUCGACUUUCUUGGAGCCCCAGGUGCUGCCCGUUCUCUCCUGCCCCGCCUCAGCCCCUCUGGGGCCUUCCUUUGCUGGGUGGGGGUGGGGCCGUGCUGCUCACCUCUGUCCACCCUCUCUCAGGCUCAUUAUAACUUUUGUAGAGAAUGUUCUGCCUCACAGGCAUGCCUGUGUCUUGUUCUUUAAUCCCGGCAGGAGGGUUUUUGUGCCUGCGAGGACUUGGUCCCAUUCCUUGGAGGGGAUCCUUGCCCUGGGAUGUUGCCCCAGCCUCCCUCCCUGCUCCCCAUCUCUUCAGGACCUUCCCUCCUGCCCGGGCCUUGGCAAGGAGGGUGUUUGGGGCCUGCAGCUGCUGAGGGCAGGAGGACACAUUCUCCCUUCCCACGGGCACCUGCCCGGACUUCUCCAGAAGGCCACAGCCACCACCCAUUCCCUGGCCCAUGAGACCAACCUCGAGGCCCUACUUGGCCCUGGGAGGCCCCCUGAGGGCGUCAUUACUCUCCCCACCCACGCAGCUCUGCGGGCCUG